CACCGCGGUUCCGCUGGGCCACCGCGGUCAUCCCGUGCGCGCCCGGUCUUGGCAAACGUCGUCCGCAGAGGCACGAACGACGCCUGCACGGCAGCUGCCACGGCCCCGGCUCCCAUUCGCCGGCGCUUGUUUGAGCCUCAGUUGCAGGGCCGCCGAUCGCCGUUGCAUGCACAGAGCGCAGCAGUGCAGCACCGCGUCGCCGUCGCCAACACCACUGCAGCACGCCCGCGGACUCUGGGCGACCCCUCUCUGCGCACGUGCCGGCCCCUUCACCUUCCCCAUCCUGUCACUGGCUGGCGGAGCUACCCAUUGCGCCACCAACACUACUGCAGCACGCCCGUGGACCCUGGCGACCCCUCUCUGCACACGUGCCGGCCCCUUCACCCACUCCGUCCGUAAUUGGCCUGGCGGAGCUCCUGUCCCGCCACCAUGGUGCUCUACAGCUUCUACAUCUUCGACCGCCACACGGAGUGCAUCUACAGCCGCCGCUGGACGCCGCGCCCCGUCUCGUCCUCGGGCGCCGCCAGCGCCUCCAAGACCACGCGGCCGACGUCCAGCGCCUCGCUCGCGUCCGGCGCGCCCACCGACGCCCCCGGCGCGCCCACCCACCGCGGCCUCUCGCACGCCGACGACGAGAAGCUGAUCUUCGGCCUCGUCUUCUCGCUGCGCAACAUGGUCACCAAGCUCGGCGGCGCCGACGACACCUUCCUGUCCUACCGCACCGGCGACUACAAGCUGCACUACUACGAGACGCCCACGCGCAUGAAGUUCGUCAUGCUGACCGACACCAAGGUGCCCAAUCUGCGCCAGUACCUGUACCAGAUCUGGGCGAACCUGUACGUCGAGUACGUGGUGAAGAACCCGCUGGCGCCGACAGAGCAUCCGGGCGGCGUGGGCGUCAGCAACGAGCUGUUUGAGCGCGGGCUGGAGGCGUUCCUGAGUGCAGUGUUGCCAGCUUGAGCGGGAAAAGGACACGGUGGAGUAAACCACGGGCAUGACACGUGCGGAGGAGCCAGCGGUGCCAGGACGAUUUAUGAAUGCUGCGUGUGCUGGACGAUACCCUAUACUGCUAAGGUCGGCCAAGCAUUGAGCUUGAACAGCCGACGUUGUAUAAUGAUACCAAUACCAAUGAUGUUACCAC